AAGCCUCCGAUUGGUUACAUUUUUACUGAGAAAGCUAAUCAUAUUAGACGUCUUAGGUUAUCAGACGCGGAGAAUGAAGAGAAACAGAAUAAUGUCAGCAGAGCAAACAGAAGAUUUGAAGGCAUUUGAAAGACGACUGACUGAGGUGAUAGACAAACUUCAGCCAACAGCCAGAUUAUGGAGAAUGGUUCUGAUUGUGAUGUCUGUAUGUACAGCGGUGGGAGCAUGGACUUGGAUAUGGGAUCCACACACUACACAGGUCCCUUUUACCCAUUCCCUUCUGAAUCAUCCAUUCUUCACUAUCAGCUGUAUAAUGCUGGUCAUGCUGUUUCUUUGUGGAAUCCAUAAGAGGGUUGUAUCACCAUCAAUAAUAGCCUCCAGGUGUCGACAAGUGCUUGCAGAUUAUAACAUGUCAUGUGAUGAUACUGGCAAAUUAAUUUUAAAACCACGACCGACCACAUGACUAUAUGGCCGGUUAGAAUUAGGACUGCGUGGGAGCCCAAGGAAAAGGAGUCGGUGACAAAGGAUAGCAAUAUAGCAGAAUAAUUUCAUUCAGUGUACUUGAUACCUCGUUGACAAGUUAAAGAUUGUCUUCAUGACAUUAUCAUCAAAAUAUGUUUAUAUAAAUCACCUACAACAGUAUUGUGUGCACCUAUCACAAACCUUCAUUCAACCUGGUUUAUGCCGUGGUGUUGGCAUUAUUUUAUAGGAAACACCUACUGGACGUGGUGUUGAUACCACUGAUCUCACUAGAAGUAUAAACAGCAACCAGAAAAAUGUGCCCUGAUUUGUCACUGGUGUUGUAUCAUUUCACUACCCUUCACCGACUUCAUCAUAAUGCAACAAGGUUGAGGUUUAUUCAACGACAUACAUGUACACAUUGUGACAGGCAACUCAGCACAAUAAUGUCGGAAGUUAUAUCAGCUGACCAACAAGCUCUUUGUGUUAUAGAGUAUUAUAAGCUGUGAUAUGUGUCAGCUAGCCUUCACACUUCCAUUGUCACAUUGAAAAGAUCAUUAAUUUAAGAGUAUGAGCAGGAAAUCUCAAUCCUCUUGGUAGGAUUUUUGACUGGCUUACAGUACCCAUAAUUGUCAAUCAGUCAUUUAUCGUACUUGGUUGUCCUUUACUUGAGAGUAUGAGAGAAAACUUUUGACACAAAAUGUUUUGCAAUUGCACAUCACCCUACACGGAGAUUAUAUGAUUUGUUUUACCAGUCAAUGAAAUUUUUCAUGAUCAUGUAUGUCAAGUGACAAAAUGUCCUCUUAAUAAAAUUGUCUGUUUUUUCAAAGUGCUGGUAUAAGCUGUUUGUCAAGUGAGAAUUUACAAUACUUGAUUUGUUCUUUUAUCAAUAAUGUGUAGUGACUAGAUUACCUGAAUGAACAGCAUUUUGUAAAACAAUUUUAAUACUCUACUCUAGUGUAAACAUAUUUUUGUUAAUCAUGAAAAAUUGAAGCAAAGUUUUCUUCACAAAUAUAUAUAUAUAUAUAUAUAUUAAACAUUUUAACAAUAGCUGGUAUGAUGUCUAAGAAUUACAGGUAAAUGAUAAUGAAGAUGUGUAAAGAUACCUGAUAUUCAUUAUUGUACAUUAUUGUUUGACAAUGCAGUGCACUUGAGUACAAAUGUUAACUGUUCUACAGAUUCUGUAACUGUUCUACGAUUCUGUAAUUAAGAUUUUCCCCCUGAAAUUUUGAAAUGA